AUGAGGGCAUUGCAGGGCGUUGCCAUAGCGAUGCAUUUCUCCAGUUCUGUAGCUCUCGUAGCUGAUACUCAGCCCCGUGGACAGAGCCGAAACAUAUCGUUCGCUUGCCUGGGUUUAAGUCAGCUGCUAGGCUUCACCUUUGGCCUUGUCGUCGGUGGCGUACUCGUGGAUACUGUUGGAUGGCGCUCGGGAUGGUAUCUUUAUGGAGGCGUUACCCUGCUCCUGUCCGCCGUCGGCCUAUGGUCACUGCCAAAAUCCGAGCCGCUCGGUUUCCGAAACAUAUUCGUUGAUUUGAUAUACAGAGUCGAUUGGAUCGGAGCACUACUCGCCUCGGUGUCUAUGGCCUCGAUUUCCUAUUUCUUAGCGGUUAUCAGCACGGACGUCCAUCGUAUCAAAGAGACCGGGACUGUUACACUCCUGUGCUUCAGCUUGGCGACCCUGCCACUGUUUGUUGUGCUGAAUUCUGUUGAUCUUCUUACAAGUCUCUACUUUCAAGAGAUCCAAUAUUUGUCGGCUGUCGACGCCGGAAUCCGCAUCCUUCCCAGUACCGUCGUCGGACUAGGCCUCAAUCUGAUGACCGGCCUCAUCGUGCACAAAAUACCUGCUGUCUGGCUUGUAGCGGCCUCGUCGCUACUUUCCUCGGGAUCGCCGCUUCUUAUGGCCGUGAUCAAUCCCAGUUGGUCCUAUUGGGUCGGUGCCUUCUUCGCACAAAUCCUUCUGCCAUUUUCUAUCGAUGUGCUCUUCACCGUCGGACUCAUUAUCGUUACUGACGUUUUCCCUGAGAAGAAUCAAUCCGUUGCUGGUGCUGUCUUCAACACGGCCGCGCAGUUUGGGAACGCUCUGGGGCUGGCUAUUGUGCAGGUAGUCUCCGCAGCGGUAACAAACCAAAAGAUCAACCCAAAGUCCCCCGAGGCUCUCUUGGAAGGUUACCGCGCAUCCUUUUGGACUCUCUUUUCCCUAAUGCUUGUUUGCGUGCUUGUGGCAGCACUUGGGCUACGGGGAGCGGGUAAGGCGAAUGCGACAAGAUGCGUUAUGGUCGUGAAUGGAUUUAUGGCGAACAGGUUUUCAAACAAGAUGUUGACUCGAGACAAGGAAUACAUGAAGUUAAACCACAGAGUUUGA